AUGGCCAACUCAAGAUUCGGAUACGUACGGGAGUUCGAGGAACACGACAGAUUGAUCCCGAGUACUUUCUCAGUUGUGAGAAUAGAUGGUCACAGCUUCCACAGAUUCAGCGAUAUACAUAAUUUCAGGAAACCAAAUGAUAGCCGAGCCUUAGAAUGCAUGAAUGACGCUGCUCAAUUCGUUAUGCAGCAGCUCCACGAUGUAAUUUUGGCUUUCGGGGAGAGUGAUGAAUAUAGCUUCCUUUUGCGCCCUCAAUCACAUAUCUAUGAUCGCCGUAAAGCAAAGAUAGUGACUCAGGUUGUUUCUGCGUUUUCUUCAGCUUUUAUGUACAAUUGGAGCAGACACUUUAGUAUUCCACUCGCUUAUCCACCCAUUUUUGACGGUAGAAUUAUCACUUACCCCCUCACUAUACACGUUCGCGACUAUUUCGCUUGGAGGCAAGUCGAUACACAUAUAAACAACCUAUACAACACCUGCUUCUGGGCUAUUGUCCAGCAGGGUAAGAAGACAGAGAGGGAAGCACACAAUCUGUUGAAAGGCACUGUCUCAUCUCAAAAGCAUGACAUUCUGUUCAAAGAUUACGGCAUAAACUACAAUCAGCUGAAUGAAAUGUACAAGAAAGGUUCUGUCCUGGUGCGCGAUCCUCCUUCACUGCCUCAAGUGCCAUCGGAUGGUGCCUACAAGGAAAAAAAAAGAAUUGAAAAAAUACGCAAGGAUGGUAUAGAUGGCACGCGCGGAGACAUACAGACAUUGCACGUAGACAUUAUCAAAGACGUCUUCUGGAAUGAAAGACCUUGGUUGCUGGCUCAACAGUAG